AUGGAGGAUAUUGAAAUAGAAGUACCUCAAUAUUUCAUAUGUCCCAUCUCUCUCCAGAUCAUGAAAGACCCCGUAACGGUGGUAACAGGCAUCACUUACGACCGGGAAAGCAUCGAGCACUGGUUCUUGGCAACCAACGACUUGUCGUGCCCGGUCACAAAGCAGGCCUUGCCAAGAGGCGCCGGCUUGACGCCCAAUCACACCCUCCGCAGGCUAAUCCAGCAAUGGUGCAAAGAAAACGCAACCAACGGGGUUGAUUUGAUCCCGACCCCAAGACUCCCUCUCGACAAGAUCUAUCUCACUAGACUUGUUCGGGAUCUUGGGGUUUCGCAUUUGCAGUUAACUGCACUGAAAAAAUUGGAAGCGCUUGUGUUAGAGAACGAUGAAAGGACGAGGUUCUCCAUGGCCGAAGCAGGUGUUGCCAAGGCAGUGAUUUUGCUCGUCAUAAGAUGUUUCAGGGGAGGUGAAACAAAUGGACUUCUAGAAGCUUUUAGAAUUUUGCAUCAUGUUUGGAAUGUGAGUGGUGACAAUGAAGUCCAACUUCUUGUUAAUGGAAACACCGACUUUCUUGAUUCUUUGACAUGGGUUUUCAGGUGUGGUCUUGAUCAGAUGGAUAAUCAUCUCCUUGUGAAAAACGAAGCGAUACUGGUAUCGAAAAUGACAAUGGAAGUCCUAAGUCCAUGUCAGCUCGAGAGGUUGAACCUUGAAUUCUUCAAGAAUAUUGUCAUGGUGUUAAAAGAAAAAAUUUCACUGAAAGCUGUCAAAUCUGCACUCCACAUUCUAAUAAAUGCAUGCCCGUGGGGGAGAAACCGAAUUAAAAUCGUUGAAUCCGGUGCAGUCUUCCAGAUCAUCGAGCUUGAGCUUGCAAAACCCGAAAAGCGUGUAACAGAGCUGAUAUUCAAUCUUUUGGCCAAUUUAUGUGGCUGUGCUGAUGGGAGAGAUCAGCUGCUGAAACACGGUGGAGGUAUGGCCAUGGUGUCUAAAAGAAUUCUUAGGGUUUCACCGGCAACAGAUGAUCCAGCAGUUCAUAUACUUUCCUCGAUCGCGAUGUUCUCCGCUACACAUAAUGUUCUUUCAGAGAUGCUGUUGGUUGGAGCAGUGUCAAAGCUGUGCAUGGUAAUGCAAUCAGACUGUGAAGCCUAUUUAAAGAAAAAGGUUAGAGGGAUCUUAAGGUUGCACUCUAAUGUCUGGAACAACUCGCCUUGUAUUGCUGUAUAUCUGAUAACAAGGCCUAGGUGGUAG